CAUCCCCAGUUAUGGGCUCAUGUUAUAUGUCAAGGGCUGAGCUCCAAGUGUGAGAGCCAUAGAUUACAGUUUGUUUCCAGGUCUGGUUGUCAGUGCAGUCACUGAUGGUUUCGUAGGUAGAUUCUGGUCUUAUUUUACCAGAUCAUCUGCUGCUGGCAGCCUGUAGUAGCUUCAUUAUUUUUUGCUCAAGAUGUUGUGCCUGGCUUCCUGUGGCAUGUUACUGGCAUUGCUGGCAGAGGCCCUUUCCUCGUGUUCGUCAUCUGCUUGCAGUUGGGUUCAUAGCAGCUUCUCUACAGUGAGCAAGGUCAAUGCAACACACCAGCCCAACAAGAGAGGAAGUCUGCUGUAAAGGUGAUUGUAUGUGGCGAACAUGGCUGGGACUUGUGAUAAAUGGCAGCAGAGGAGCUCUGUUGAGAAGAAAGGGAUCCAGCUUCAGUUCAUCAAUGGCUCCAGCAGCAUAUCCACCACUAAAAACACCACCAUCCGUCUUCGGGACAUUUAUGAUCCCAAGCCGCAACCUCCCAAAGCUCCUGUUCGGAUCCGUCCUCCAGGUCCGAGAACUCCCUCAGCACAGGAACCCAGUGUAAAGCCCAAUGUGCCAAGCGAUCCUCCAGUCAAGACAAUCAUGAGGAGACGAGCUCAGUCUCUUCCUUCGUCUGCAGAGAGGAAUAAAGAACUCAGGAGCGUGCAGGUACGCUUUGUGGACUCACUGGGCUUGGAGUUAGAGGAAGUUAAGGUCUUCAAAGUGCAAGAGCACCCCCUGAUUCCCCAACAUGUUAUGUUCAGACUACUGAUGAACUCUGAACUGGCUUUCGGGAGGUCAUUGGAGCUGUCCCUGCCUUACUUGAAACCAUGUUUCCCGGAAAAUAUGGGAGCUCAGCCCGAGUUCCUGAAGCGUCUCUGCACUCAGAGUGUGUGUCUGCAGCAGGUUGUGUGUUCAGAGCAGGGAAUAACAGGCACUAUACAAGUACUUAAUUUAGCUUAUGAGAAAGAGGUCACAGUGCACUACUCUUUCACCAACUGGAGAGCGCACACGGAUACAACAGCGGUCUGGGUAUCAAGUGGGAGCUGCGAGGAGAGCAACUCUCCAGACACAGAUACUUUCAGAUUUCGUCUGCCAGUCCCACCUUUCAUUUUGGAGCCAGGGGCGAUCUUGGAAUUUGCCAUCUGCUACCACGUAAGAGGAUCUGACUACUGGGAUAACAACAAUGGGCAAAAUUACAAACUGUCAUGCCACAGCUACAAGGUGACUGUGCCAAGAGAGUGUGAGGACAGCAUGCUGCAUUUUACCUGAGUGCCCACACAGGGGAGCUCUAACACCUGCACACAGAUAGGGGUGACACUGAAAACACUGUACAGUAACUAUUACCAGUAUUUCCUUACUUCAUCAUAAGCAGUGGUAGAAUUUGUUUCAGUUGUCCAAAUUAAUAUAAUUGUAGGUUCUUUACUUGAGUAUUUCCAUCUUGUACACUUUAUUUCACUGCAUGUAUCUGACAGCUGUAGUUCAUUUCCAGAUUCAAACACAAUCAGGAUACAAAAUAUCAAGUAUUGUUAUAAAUGACACCUUUGUAUUAAGUUAAAGAAUUAAAAUAAACUGCACCUUAACCAGCUACAACAUCAAAAUGAUACUUAUAUGCUAAUGCAUGAGUAAUGAUAAUCACAUAAUAUAAUUACACUGACCUGCUGCUUGAUGUACUUUUACUUUUGAUUCUUUGUGUACAUUGCAUGCACUGUAAACUUUUUGAAUUCAGGACAUUUUCUUGUAAUGAGGUAUCACAGUGCUUACAGUAUUGUUACUUUCACUUAAAGGGUUAGUUAACACCUCCUGAAAUUACAUGUUUUUUUGCUGUCCCCUGGUGGUUGACCAGCUCAUCUUGGGGCAGUGACGUAGAAGUGUACCCCAGGGCACCAUGACAUCACUGUUGGGUGUGGUCACAGGUGACAAAGCACUUUUCUGGCCACACCUAACCAUACCUCAUCCUGAGAGGUGAAACAAGCUAGAAACCUUCAAGCAGAGAGGGCAGCAAAACAGUGCUUUUCAGCCUUCUGUUAAGUUACUCUUGAAGUCUGACUCACUGGAUGUAGGCUGAAGGUAUAAAGCCUUCCACUGGCGCCUACUCCAAGUGGCAAUCUCCUCCCCUCCCACUUCCCCUGCCUUUUACUGUUCUCAGAAACCCCUUCGCUACAGGAAAUAACAACCCCUGAGCUGCUGAAUAUGGCAAGAUUUGAAUUGUGUAAUCACACAAUUGACGUACAUCUUUGCUGUUUUUUGUGGUGUUUUCUUUGCUGGGAAUCGGCCGCUUUAUUGACAGUGCUCCCCUCCGCACGUGCAAAUGUUUCACUAAAUCAAGUUCCCCUCCGACACUAUUAUGCAGGGGCACUGUUGCUGCAUCCUGGGCUCAGAUGAUUUUGAUUAGUUUAAAGAAAUGCAAACAAGCCAUUCCCUGUAGCAGAAUGAUUAUGGGUGCAGGCAGACCAUUCUCCAGCGCUGACACAGGGUUGUCUUGAGACUAGUCUUGAAGUAAAGAUCUGAAUACUUCCUCCAACCUCUGAUUAGAUGAUGCUGGGAAUAGGAAAAAGGAAGUAGGAAGCAAUCAAAUGUAACACUUUUACUCCUAGAAACACAACAAGGGCCAGAGAUUUUGUAAACAAAGACCUCAGCUUGAUAAUUUAACAACAAUGGUUUGAUAUAAUACAUUAUAUGGGUAAAGUGAAACACCAACAUCUGUUUAGCUUCACCACACAUCUGUUCUGUAGCUCACUCUUAGAGGGUUACACAUUGAUGCAGUGUUGCAUUUCCACAAAGUUCAGGGACUCACAAGACUGAUAAAAAAACUGAAUGGUCAAAGUCAAAUCUGUCGCUUUUAGUCGCUAGUCUCAGUCAAGCUUAAAACCAUAUCCUCCUGCAUUUCUCACAGCCACUUCUGUCAAACUCCACACCUCCAGUUUAAAACACAGAUUCCCCUGAUGACAGCGCCUCAUGACAAGUAAACUGAACAAUGUGUAAAAUUGAUGGAGUAACCCUUUAAAAUAUUCCAGCCUGUUUGAGGCCAUGGGAAGCUGCUGUGCUCCUGCUGGGCUUUUAUUUAGAUUAAAUCCCUGCCACCUCUGUACAGACCUACAAAAGAAUUUGCUCACUUUGCUCUUUAGUAAGUCUGGUGACCCAAUUUAAUGAUUGACAGUUUGAGUUAGGAAAAACACAGUUGUUGUGUCUUAACACAGAAUUGCACAAGGCAACAAAUCCAUAUUCUUUGCUGAUUUCAUGCAAAUGGAAAAGACUUAAUGAUCUGUUAGAAACCUGAGCAGCUUGUUUACUUUCUGCAGUGACCAACAGGGCUUGACCUCAUUCUUCUGGAGCUUGUUUGGUGUUAGGAGGAUUACGGGGGGGCAGUGUUAGCUCGUCUGUUCCACUGUGACCGGGUCCUUUUAGAUUCGUGGCAGUAACUGACCUUUCACCAAAAAGUUUCCACUGAUACGAGAGCCCAGAUUCCAGUGGACUCUCUGGCAGGCUGUGACGUUUGGCUCAUAGGAGGGCAUUCUUCCAUCUGCAUCAGUCACUGCAACUGUAUGGCAUACCUUAAACAUGAUAGCAGCCAUCUGACCACCCAAAAACUAACUGAGCAUGUCAGGCCUUUUAUGGAUCACACACCAAUUAGAGAAAACUAAAAAAAUAAUAGAAUAACUCAUUACAGGCACAGUGUAGUUUAUUAUAAAUCAUCAGUGGCGGAAAAUAACUAAGAUAAUUGAGGCUGUGAGUCAUUUUAUGAAUUUCCUAGAAUAAGGUGUCAUUUCUCUUGAUCCUUCACCCUUCUUUAUUUUAAGAUCCUCACACCCAUUUCUAAAAAGUUCUUACAUCGAAACAAGAUUUCUAUCUAAAAAAGCUUAAAAUGGUCAUAAAGGGUCAUACAAAUUCAAUAAUAUUAUAUAGUAAAAGACCAUUCUGGAUGAUGAGUACUUGUAUUCUUGAUGUUUUAAUUCCAUUUUUCUGAUAGUAUGCACGUUUACUUAAUUGAGACUUUAGAGGACUUUCACUUGUAAUUGAGUAUUUUUGCUCUGUGGUAUUGAUACUUUCUCUGAAGGAAAUGAUCUGACUUCUUUCACAACUGCAGGUCCUUAAAUACUAAUAAUUACGUCAUUAUUUAUGUUACAUCCAUCAUUUCUGUGAACAUAGGAGUGUAUAGUCCCACAUUUUGCAUCAAUGUGAAUAUAAUUUAUAUUCAAUGGUUAAAAAGAUCCACUAUGGUUUGGGGUCUGUUUAGCCAUGAUUUGAAUUUCUUGAUUUGUUCAAAAAAAUAUGCAUGUACAUGGAUGACUGAUAGCAUUUGCCCAAUGACCUCUCACUGUAAUAUUGAAGCAGUCAGUUGUUGCAGUUACGGGACAUGAGAUGGCGCCAUUGCUCAAAUCUAAGCUCCUACAUUUCCAUUUGAAAUACAACAAGAAUGUGAUUUUUGUUUCCAUUGGUGGAGGAAGUAUCCAGUUCCAGAAUUAAGUAAGAGAAGCCUUGCAAUGUGAAAAUAUCAUAUCCCUGGUCUGUUGUAUUAUUAAAUAUUAAUUAAUUAAUUAUAUUAGUUGAUCGUUAUUACUUGUGCAUUGUAAUGUAAGAAGCAUUUUAAUGCUGUAGGUGCUCAAAGUAGAGCAACUUUAACUAAUGUAUUUACAGAGGAGCAUUUUACUUACUUUAAAUAAAUACUUCACAUUUUAUAUGAUUUUAUGCUCUGAGUAUAAAAUCUUAACCUGAAGUAUCUGUAGCUGUCAAAUUAAUGUAGUGGGAUUGUAAAAUCAUUUCCUGUAUAAGUAGAAAGUAGCGUCAAAUUAAAAUACCCAAAGAAGGUACCUCAAAAUUAGAAUGUAAAGUUCUAACUUACUCCUCCACUGUUUGUUUCAACAGCUUGCAACUUAAAUGUUUUAUUUUUCCUCCUAUUUGAAAUUUAAAUAUCAGUCCUUUAGAUGUGCUUACCAUCAUCAGUUAAAUUGCAAUACUGUUAUAAAGUAUGAAGGUUAUGGGCUGUUUUUCUACAUCAUCCUAUCACCAGUGGUGGAAGAAGUACAAGUAACAUGUCAAAAUGUUACUAUAUAUCCUUAUGUGUGUCCAAACUUUUGACUGGUGCUGUAUAUAUACUGUUUGUAUUGUAUGUGUAAAAUGUACUUAAACUAUCAAAUUCAAAAGUACUCACUAUGCAGAAACACUCCUGUCACAGUGUUACAGUGAUAUAAUAUUUAUUCAUUAUCCAUACUGCUCAUCCCAUUAGGGUUGUGGGGAGCCUGGAGUCAUCCGGGACAAGUCAUCUAUCACAAGGCUCACAUGUAGAAGCAAACAACUAUUCGCACUCACAUUCACACCUACGGGCAAUUUAGAGUCGUAUUAUUGUAUUGUUAAAACAUGAUUUCUUAAAGGUAUAAUGUGUAAGAUCGUGCUACUUGAUCCAGCUCCAUAGGGGGCAGCAUUUCACCUCUUCACCCCUGUCCAUUUAAUCAUGUUGUUGUUUUCCCCAUGUUCCUUAUCAUUUAUUAUUUAAAUGUGCAUUUCUUGUUGAUAGCUAAAAUUGUUGAUAGCACUGAAACAAAUUAUGGGUACUUGUAAUACAAACAGUAUGUUUUUAAUUACAUAUAAAAAUAUGAAGGCAUGGGGAUACUGCAUGACACAUGGGUGUCUGCUACAGCAGAAUGUGAAGGGAUGAUGACAUCAUCACAAAGGCAGAAUCAGAAGAUAAGGUUUAUUGCCAGGUAGGUUUUAAGUUACAAGAUAUUUGGCUUGGUGUUUGGUGCAGUAUCCAAUAAACAUAUUAACAGGAAAUAACAAUAAAAAGGUAAAAUACUGCAACAGUCAAAAAGAUAAAUAUAGAUAGAUAGAUAGAUAGAUAGAUAGAUAGAUAGAUAGAUAGAUAGAUAGAUAGAUAGAUAGAUAGAAAAAAAUAAAACUAUGAAAAAAAAACUGUACAAAAGUGUUGGCAAAACUCCUGCUGAGCAGGAUGUGCAAAAGAUCACAGUUUAUCUGUUCUGUGCAGGGAGAAUACUCCAAGGUGUUACUGCAAUGUGGAUGUUGAUGAUUGAUGAGGCCAGACGCAGAAGAAAAGGUCAAACAGUCUCUUUAUCUUGCUUGUAAAAAAAAGUUACUGAUGCAUCUAGCUAGACAACAGCUGCAGGAACAGGCUAAAUUCUACUAAAUCACUAAAAAGUCAACAUCAUACAUGUAUGUCACUUGAAGUGUUUGUCAUUUGCACUAAUGAUACUUUUCGCUACAGACCAACAUUAGAUGUUACUCACCAUUCUAAAAGAAAAGUCUCAUCUCUUUACUCGCCCGGAGAUGUCUCCUGCGGUGGAAAAACACACCAGCAUUCCCCCAUGUUUUGCUUCUUUGUCGUUGAACGUUGUUUCUUGUUGGAGCGGUUCUUCAGGAUGGAGAUAAAGAUCACUUUCUAGGCACUUCAGAAAAUCUCUGCGUUUCUGUGAUGUUCGUCGGGAGCUUUUGUGUUUUUAGUUGGGAGCUAUAGCGAACUUCAAGUUCCGGAGGAAGCUGUUCUUUUCAGUGGGACUGAGGGCAGACUAGACGCUACACAGACUCACACAGCAUCUAGUGUGUCUAGGUGGUAUUACAACACGGUCCGGGACGCAGCUAGUUGGUUAGCAUGCUCCUUUCAGUAGAUAUCUCUGAAAUACAACAGAUGGUGGUCUUGGUCAUGACAUCAUCCCUGUGGCUCCUUCACAUUGACGCUGUUGAUGGUGUUAGUUCAUUUUUGAACAUUCUAAACAAACUGAAAUUCUGGCCAGAUUUGGCCAGAUCUUACAAAUUGCACCUUUUUAAAGGAGCUACACUACACAUUUUUACUAUAGCUACAUAGCUAGCAUUAGCAUUAACAGCUUUUUACUUACCAGUCAAAAGAAACGUUGCGAGUUCAGCAUCUAAACUUCAUUCUUUUACUCGCCAAGAGCUGUCUCCAGAGGUGGAAAACAACCCUUUCGUUUUGAUUCUAUUUCCAUCACUUCUUUACUUCUACUAAAGUUAGCAUCCUGACUAGCUAGCCUCUGCCCAGUCGGCCCAUCUUGACACUUUGCGAUACAGAGUCAGUGUAGCUUCCACUCUGCCCUGAAGAAGUAGCUGCUCAGAGGACGUAUUAUAAUCUCCUGUGUUGUAAAUGCAACAAUGGUUGAAGCUCUUGGCAAGACUGGUAGGUAAACAGCUGUUAAUGCUAAUGCAAAACUUACACAUAGCUCCUUUAAUGUUGUACACUACACUGGUUGGUUUAAGAGUAAAGCACUGCAUCAUACUCAAUAAUCUCCACACACAGGAUGCAUGUAAAAUCUUAAUGUGACACAAUCCAGUCGUGUACAAGUACCUCAAAACUGAGUAAAUCUAUUAAGUUACAUUCCACCACUGAGAAUAUUGUACAGUAGAAAACUUCAUCUGUCUUCAGGUAAUAAAUUUGUGAGACUAAGAUUCAACCUUCUGCAGCUGCACUCCCCAAAGAAAUGUAUAUUAUGUUCAGAGCUCUCUGAGGGGAUUCAUAACCUGGCAACCCUCAGUUGGUGUCUCUUGUACUUGGCGUCUGUAGGUCGCUUGUAAUUACUGGAUUCACAGACGAUGACUUAUUCUGCUGGAGCAGUUAUUAUGAGGCAUGGUGGAUAAAGGCAUGAGCAUGUCAGUGAAAUGUAGCACAGCCACAACAAUGCAGCAAGAACAAUCUUAGUGUUGUGAGGCUUCAUCACCUCCUCUGCACUUGAAAUCAUGUGAACCUUUUAUAGUCACACCAGAAACAAAAACAAACAUCCCCUCUUGGAUCCUCCGGGGCUCGCCUGGGCUCCAUCGCCUCUAACGUGGCGCUCGUUUGUACGGAUGUUCCUCACUCACAGUCCUAGCUGUCAUGCCAGUUUGUUGUCGGGGCACACAUCCACGAGGCCUCGCAGCGCUGUGCCUUUAUUUGGGGGCUGUCAUCUUGUGCUUGUUGCUGGUAGUUAUAUAACAACGCACCAUAUUAGGAGCCAAGAUGAUGCUCAGUAGUGACGUUUGCUCUGGGGACUGGCUGGGAUUGAAAUGUAAAACAGUGAUGCAUCGUUAUGAGUCCCAGUGAUUGAGUUACAUCACUAAAACACCAUUAUGGCCUGUGUGUUUUAGAAUAAAAGAACUGUCACUUGUAA